CUUGUUCUCCUUUUCCAAUCAAAUGUCACAUUGACUCCAGUCCAGUGUUGGAAGCGUGUGGGGAGCUGCAGCACAUCAGCCCGGCGCAAUGCAUCCACCAAACUGGAAGGAAGCCCAAAACCAAAACUCCGCUGGCCAAAAUGCAUCCUCUGCAGAAACCCCAAGUACCUCCUAAGCCUGUCCAUCUCAAACCUGGGCAGGAAAGAAUUCCCCCUGCACCUUCUCGGCCUUUGCCAGCUGAUCCCAAGUCGUCGAGGAGCUUUGCCCCUGGAGAGGAGGAAAUACCGAUAUCAGCAGGAGUCAACACGCUCAUCGAGAAAUUUGAAAGUAUUAGGCAACCUGUACAUAUUCUUCAAAGAAACCAGCUGAAUUUAGCUCUAAAGAUGGAACCCGGCCUGGACUCAUCCAAACAGCUGAGCUCAUGUGACUGCGACGUGGUGGCUUCCAGUGGCUCUUCCACAAAUGAGAAAAGUGAACAGGAUGAAAAUGAGCCAGACAUACCAUGCAGCACGGAUCUAGCUAACACAGACAUCAUGAAAGCUAAAGAGCUAAGCAUAGGCGAUAGCAAAAGUCAUGAAGACUGUACUGCGGUGACUGUGAGCAAAGAGCCCUCUGCAGAGCUUGGCAAUAAGGACUCGACUGCAGAACUGAACAGUAAUGGGAAAAUUCCCAACAGAGACAGUGGCAUCGACAGUCCUUCUUGUAGCUUGGCAGGGGAAACUUUCCCCAGCGAAGAUGGGGCAGAGCAGAAGAAGCCCAGUGUGGCUGGGAACCCAGGCGAGAUGGAACCUGACAAAAAGGGCACCAAAGCUUCCUCUGCGGAGCAGAAGAGAGACUCCACGCAGGAUGAAGACAGUGACAUUGACGAAGGGAGCAGCGAGGAACAGGAGACAGCGGAAGUGCCAAAGUUAGAGUAUUUGGAUGUAAACAAGUGUACAGAGCCCCAAAAGCUAUUCAACAUUGCAAAUGAGCUGCUCCAUACAGAAGAAGCCUAUGUUAAAAGACUGCAUCUGUUGGACCAGGUUUUUUGCACUAAGUUGUCAGAAGCAGGUAUUUCAUCUGAAGUGAUAACAGGCAUCUUUUCAAAUAUUUCUUCCAUCUAUUGUUUCCAUGGACAAUUUCUUCUUCCUGAGCUGAAAACAAGAAUUACACAAGAAUGGAACGUCAACCCACGGCUAGGAGAUAUCCUACAGAAACUGGCUCCUUUUCUGAAGAUGUAUGGAGAAUACGUAAAGAACUUUGAUAGGGCAAUGGACAUGGUAAACACAUGUAUGCAGAGAUCCUCCCCCUUCAAAGAUGUUGUUCAGAACAUACAGAAACAGGAGGUGUGUGGAAACCUGACAUUACAGCAUCACAUGCUUGAGCCAGUGCAAAGGAUUCCUCGUUACGAGCUUCUCCUAAAGGACUAUUUGAAGAAACUUCCAGAAGAAUCUCCAGACAGGAAAGAUGCUGAAAAAUCACUGGAGCUCAUAUCUACAGCAGCAAACCAUUCAAAUGCAGCCAUCCGAAAGAUGGAAAAGAUGCACAAGCUUUUGGAAGUCUAUGAGCGACUUGGGGGUGAAGAGGAUAUUGUUAACCCAGCCAAUGAGCUCAUCAAAGAAGGACACAUUCAGAAACUUUCAGCAAAGAACGGCACAGCACAGGAUAGGUAUUUAUUCCUGUUCAACAGCAUGGUGCUAUACUGUGUGCCAAAGCUGAGGCUGAUAGGCCAGAAGUUCAGUGUUCGAGAGAAGAUGGACAUUGCAGGACUGCAGGUCCAAGAAAUUGCCAAGCAGAACGUAGCUCAUACAUUUUCCAUAACAGGAAAAAAGAGAUCUCUGGAACUACAAGCCAGGACAGAAGAGGAGAAGAGGGAAUGGAUUCAGGUCAUUCAAGCAACAAUUGAAAAGCACAAACAGAACAGUGAGACAUUUAGAGCUUUCAAUAGCUCUUUUUCUCAAGAGGAGGAGCAUCUUCCCGAUUCCUCAAUAGCAAGUACCAGCUCGGUGGAAUCAAUGCCAGGAACAGAUGGUGGUGGUGCAUUUGGAGGGAGCGAUUCCUGUAGGAAAUCUUCAAAAUCCAAGCGAGACAAGGAGAAACAGACUUGCAAGAGUUGCAGUGAAAGCUUUAACUCCAUCACCAAAAGGCGGCACCACUGUAAGCAGUGUGGGGCAGUGAUCUGUGCAAAAUGCUCGGAGUUUAAACCCCUUGCAGAUAACAGCCGUCAUAAUCGAGUGUGUAAAGAGUGUUUCCUGCAGUUCCCAGCCAGCCCAUGCAGCCCUGGGGUGGAAACAGUCGGAGAACAAAAGAAAAGACUUGCUGCAGAGAAGCAAAGCAUCUUAGCAGCUGAAAACAGCCUCUUCAGCAGCUACCUCCAGUUCCUUGAAAAAGGGAAGACUUGGUACAAAAUGUGGGUCACCAUCCCCAAGACUGAGCCUCUUGUUCUGUAUCUGCAAGGAAGUAGCCAGGAUGGACGGAGCCCACGUCCUAUUCCUCUGCCUGGAUAUGAAGUCACUUUACCAGGUUCUGGUGAGAAGUUUGAGGUGAAGCAUGUUUUUAAGCUUUGCCAGUCCCAGCAAACUCUAUAUUUCAGCGCAGAAGAUGAAGAACUGCAGCUAAAAUGGAUGGAAAUUCUCACCAAAGCAGCCAAAGGGGAAACUGAAGAUACAGCUGAAGGGCUUGGCAACCCAUAGAGCAAGUUCUCUUUAGUUUCUGUCCUACAUGCUAUAAACCAUCACUUGAAUUCGGUAUUCAUGGCACUUUGAAUCUGUAUGGCUUUAUAUUUUCAUGUGUCUGCAUAGGAAAUUCAGUGGUUCCUCUCCUUUUAUUGUACAUUUCUCACGUACAGUAGUUAACUGGCAUAUAUUAUGUUAAAGGAAAAGGUAGUUGUAGUUGUUGAUGGUGGUGUUGAUGCUGGUUUUAAAACAAAAGACAAGGAGAAAAGCAUUAAUUUUAACAAAGGCAAUGGAAAACCAUCGGUUUCUUGUUUUCCUCAAUGUAUAUUUUCCAGUCCUUUUGAUUGCUGUUCGGUGCAGGAUGUGUAUAGUCUGUGAUUAGUUCUCAAAAUGCUGCCUUUUAAGUUAAAUGUUGUAAAGGCUUGUGCUGGCCACUGACAUUCCCUUCGCCAUCCUCUCCCUCCCGGUGAAAGGUCUUUGUGACUUGUGAGUGACGUACUGGAGAUUUUCCCUUUGCUAAAACUGUGUCUCUGCUAUUUUGAGAUGAGCUGUUCACAAUUACUGUAGCAGGGACUUCUGAAAAUGACUGCAAACUGUGCAGAAAGAGAACAUUACGAAGCCUCUUUGAUUUUAAGCAUUUAUAAUAUUGCUUUAUUUCUUUUCAAUACCUUCCUUCCUUCUAUUUGAACCCAUUUUGAUGUAAGUGAACAAAUGUUUUAUACUGCAAACUGGGUUACAAUCAAUAAACAAGAACAUUUUUAGUACACAC